GAAACUUAUUUGUCUCGAAUAAUUACAUUCGGGACGUUUUCUUGCCAUGCUGUUGGCUGUUGGUAGGGACGAAAGGACAGAGGAAAAAACAGUGAGGGGUAGUGCCUGUAAAUUUUAAAGUAAAGCGAAGCGGCUGAGAAUCAACGAGAACGGAGAGAUGUCUCUGGAACCACCACCGUUUCAGGAAGCUUCCAGAUGCGACGUCUGCAAAUGCAGUUUCAACACUUUCCGUCGUCGGCAUCACUGUAGAUGUUGUGGCCGAACUUUAUGUGCUGAGCACUCAUCAACUCAAAUGGCCUUGCCACAAUUUGGUCUUCAAUCACUGGUUAGAGUUUGUUCUGAUUGUUAUAAUGAUGCAUCUAGGAAGAAAGAUGAUACUCAGGCUUCUUUAAGUACUGUCAACAAUGUCAGUGAUUCAAUUUCAAGAUUAGAUAUCAGAGCAGUUGCAGAGCCCGAAAGCAAACUUCCUAUCAAGCAAUUAGAUGUUUUAGAAUGCACGUGUGGAAUGCCUCUAUGCAUUUGUGAAGCUCCAGCUCCAGCUCCAGUUCCAAUUCCAGCAAGAGAUGUGAGUGGAGUCACGUCCAGUUCUACAUUUCAGUCAAACACAAAGCCCAAAAAGUCUGACUCAAAGCCAAGGAGUAGAGGUUCUGCAUCAAAUAGCAAUCUUGGUCCUGCAAGCAACAGUAGCUCAAAUAGCUUGGAGUCGAAUAAACUUUACGAAGUUAAUGGAGAGGGAUUAAGAGAGGCUAUAAAGAAUGGUGACACAGUUGCUGUCAGGAAGCUUUUAAGUGAGGGAGUAGAUGCAAAUUACCGUGACAAGCAAGGGUUGUCUCUAUUACAUCUGGCUGCAGUUUUUAAUCAGAGUGACAUUGCUUUCGUCCUCAUGGACCAUGGAGCGAGUAUUACGUGCAAGAACUCACAGGGGGAAACGCCACUGGAUUGUGCUCCAAUUACACUCCAAAACAAAAUGAAGAAGAAGAUAGAACAGGGGAUGUAACUUAUAUUCAACACUAUUUAAGAAACCUAAACUUAUAAGCCCCUUUAAUGAAAGGGGACUUUAUAUCUGGAUAGCUAUGCAAGCAUUCUGACGUCUGUCUAUCGAUUUUGCCAACGAGAACAUAUUGUAUUCCUUCGUUUUCUUCCCUUGGAAAAGGUUGUUCCUUGUU